UUAGAGCGGUCGUCGGUCGCGCUAACCGUUAUGACGAAACUAUUCCUAAGCCGGCGCCUAGUAACAGAAGAUGGAAUCGUCGACGGCGGAGUACUCGUCAACGACAGCGGAGUCAUAGACAAAAUAAUAUCGAGAGACGACGCCAAAAGUAUAGCUAACGAACCCAAUGUAGACGUAAUAGAUGGCGGGGACUUGGCCCUGCUGGCGGGGGUGGUGGACUCACACGUGCACGUCAACGAGCCGGGCCGCACCGCGUGGGAGGGGUUCCGCACCGCCACCGCCGCUGCGGCCGCCGGGGGCAUUACCACCAUCGUAGACAUGCCUCUAAAUUCAAUCCCACCGACGACCACCGUAGAAAAUCUUAAAAUAAAAGCAGAAUCAGCCAAAGGAAAUGUGUAUGUUGACGUUGGGUUUUGGGGUGGCGUCAUUGUUGGGAAUCAGGAUUGUUUGAGGGAUUUAGUGGAUGCCGGUGUGGUGGGAUUCAAAUGUUUCCUGUGUCCCAGCGGCGUGGACGAGUUCCCUAAUGUUGGACGUAAAGAUUUAGAACUCGCAUUUGACGCUUUGGAAGGGACGGAGUCAGUACUAGCGUUUCAUGCUGAAUUAGAAGAUGAGGAUGCAGCUUCUUGUGAAAACAAAAUACAGAAAAGAGACCCCGAAGAGUACAACACAUAUCUGGAGUCUCGUCCUCCUAAAAUGGAAUUCAAUGCAAUAUCGCUCAUUACAAAUUGCCUUCCCAAAACCAGCGUCCGCGUCCACAUCGUCCACGUCUCGUCGGCCUCCGUGGUCCCGCUGCUGGAGAAGGCGCGUCAGGCCCGCCUCGCCAGUAGCCGGGCGUGGCGCGGUGGCGUCACCGCGGAGACCUGCCACCACUACCUGACCCUCACCGCCGAGGAGAUCCCACGAGGACGCAGCGAGUACAAAUGCGCACCGCCUAUUAGAGAUACCGACAACAGGGAAAAACUUUGGAAUUACUUACUGGAAGACAAAUUAGACAUGGUGGUGUCAGACCAUUCGCCGUGUACGCCCAACUUGAAGUGCAGUAACAACUUAGAAGCCUGGGGUGGCAUCUCUUCGGUACAAUUUGGGUUAUCCCUAUUCUGGACGCAGGCGAGUGCCCGUGGGUUGGACCUGACAGCAAUCACAAAGUACCUGAGUACAGCUCCCGCUACACUCUGCGGCCUGCAGCACCGCAAGGGCGCCAUCAAACCCGGCCUAGACGCAGACCUUGUGUUCUUCGACCCAGAGGACACGUUCACUGUCACAGCUGAUAUCAUUAGACAUAAGAAUAAGUUAACACCAUACAUUGGAAGAGCUUUGAAAGGGGUUGUUAAGAAGACUUACCUUCGUGGACAGUUGAUAUAUCAAGAUGGAGAGGUCUUGGAUAGCCCGAAAGGAGAUCUGCUAUUAAAAGCAAUAUGAUGUGACUCGA